GUCAAGGUCAACCGCCAACGUCUCAUCCUCCAACCCACCCCCGGCAGGUCUCGCUCCUCCUUCCAGUUCCUCUGUGCGACAAUGGCGGCCAGCACCACAACCCCAACCGCCACGACAAGGCCGUUUUUCACCAUGAAUCCCACGACAACAGAGCACGACUUUCGCUUCCCGCGCAGGCCAGGUGAUUCCAUGGCCGGCACCGGACUUGGGGGUGCCGCCAUGUCAUCGUCCUCAGCCAACAACAACAACCAGCACCACCACCCCAUGAGCGCAUUCAACCACCACCACCACAAUGCUGCUGGCAGUGCCCGUGGCCGUGAUAGCUACGGUCGCCCCAGCAGCAGCAACACCAGCAACGGCUUUGUGGCCAACAUCAACCACCAGAGCAGUAGUCACAACAACAUUAGUAAAAACAUACCUCCUCCCACCAGUGACUACCACAACCAGUCGGCAUCCAACGGCGCCGCAGCCUAUGAUCUGCUCCGCUCGUCCGCUUUCCCGCCUUUUCAGGACGGCCUGGCUGGCAUGACCCAGAGCCCGGACGAGAUGCAGAAACAGGACCCGCUGGCUACCCAGGUCUGGAAAUACUUUGCUAAGACCAAGCUGGCCCUGCCCAACCAGGAGCGCAUGGAGAACUUGACUUGGCGAAUGAUGGCCAAGCCGCUGCAGACCUAUCGUAGGCAAAUGGAGACUGACCGGACACACCGUUUUUCGGAAUCAGCCCCUCAAAAAUCGACAAGCGGCAUCGCGCGAUUGCGCAAGUCCUCGGAGCAGACCCAAUCCCAGGGGUCUGACCUCAUGAACCUGGACGAUUUCAUCAACGGCGAAAACAUAAGCACGCCAGCCGGCCUGUCUCUUGCGCCUUCGCCCGAAACAUCCUCCAAAAUGGCCGACGACCGAACUGCUCACCACUCCACGGCUUCAGCUAUCCCUAUCAAGGCUCGCAAAGACCAGCAAUCUCAGCACAUGAUCCCUCAGUCCGUCCCUGCGGCCCUGCACCACCCAAGGAUGCAGACCGAAUUUGGCUACCUUCCUCGACACCUUCGCAAAACCAGCAUCGACGAGACUAGCAAACGCAACCCGAACCGCAAACGCCCUGCCGAUUUCUCUCCCCACGUCUCCGCGGUGACUCCUAGCUACGUGACCAACGGCCUCGACGCCGAUACUGAUCUCCAUGAUUACUCGCUUGAUCAUACGAGUCAUGACGGCUUGCCGCCGCAAACCGCCCAUUCUUCGGUCCCCUACGCUCUCGAUACCGUCGGCCUCGAUGCUGAUAACUUCAUCACCUCUGCCGGUCCCUUCCAGCAGAACUUCUCUUUCUCGCCGUCCACGUCACCGAUGGUUAGCCACGAUCCAUUUACGGCCAUGUUUGGCCCCAACAACUCUUCUAUGCACAGCGGCCCUAUCAAUGGCAACAACUUCUACUCGCCCCCUGCCUCCGCAUUCCAGUCGACUGCCUCUACGCCUCAUCCCAUGAACGAGGGGGGUGAUAACUUUUACUUUGGUGUCGACAUGCGCCGCGCUCGCCAGCAGCCUUAUCAGCCAGGAAACCAUGGCAUGGGCAACGCCAUGGCUCACCAGUUCCCCUAUGCCGGUAACGGCAACAUGAUGUUCCCGGCGUCUUCGGCUGGCCAGGAUCCGACGCCCUCCUUUACGGCUCCGAACUCGUUUAGCGGCCACAUUGACCCCACCCAAGUGUUCCAUAACGAACAGGCAGUCCGAUCACCAGGCAUCAGUGUUUUGCAAGACAGUCUAUUUACAUUCGGAGCAGAAUCUGAUGGAGACGAGGAGGAUGGUGGCGCAUUUGCCGAUCGCAACCUAUCAAUUUCUCAUGACUUUUCUUCUCAGGGCAUGGAGGAACCGGCAUUUGACUCGCCGUCUAUGGGAUGGGAUCCGUCUCUACCUGGAAAUUUCAGCACGCAGGCGGCGAGGUAUCCCGGUGGCCCCCCGCGAAAACAGGUUACGAUUGGCGCUACAACAACCGAUUAUGUUGAUAACACUGGAGAAUGGGAUGGAAGCGGUCUUCCCAGGUCUCAGUCGCAGUCAUUCCGUCAGAACGACCUGCGUAAAGGGAAGAUGUCUAGGACGGCAUCGACCCCAGGUCUGUCCGCUAGAAUGAACCCGUUCGAGAGACUUGCGCAGUCUGCCUCCCACUCGCCACCUGCCGACGUAGGUCGUUCGUCUGGUCUUUCCUCGGUACCGGCAAGCCGGCCUUCAUCCCCUCCUCCUGGAGCAAAGCAAGGUUCGACAACGAACUUGCAGGGCGCAGCUGGAAACUCGACAGACACACCAACAACUUGCACUAACUGCUUUACGCAAACGACCCCAUUGUGGCGCCGUAACCCAGAUGGACAACCCCUCUGCAACGCUUGUGGCUUGUUCUUGAAGCUCCAUGGUGUCGUGAGACCGCUAAGUUUGAAGACGGAUGUCAUCAAGAAAAGGAACCGCGGUUCGGGAGCGAGCCUGCCUGUGGGCGGUACGAGCACGCGGUCCAAGAAGAAUGCAAGCAUGAGUGCAGCCGCUCGGAAGAACUCGACUUUGUCCAUUACCUCCAACGCCAACAAUCAACCACCCGCCCAGGUGGCGACACCUCCGGCUCAGCAGCAAGUCCGUGCCAGCAGUGUCAACGAGAGCGAAAGCCCUGCGAGUGGCCCCGCUUCGGGUGGUAACACUGCGGGUAGUACCCCCACGAGUUAUCACGGGAGCACGGGCUCUACGAGUGGUGCUGUGGGUGGAAAGAGUGUGAUACCCAUCGCGUCCGCGCCGCCCAAGAGUGCGCCGGGACCUGGGGCUGGUUCAAUGUCUCGCCGCGACACGAUUAGCUCGAAACGCCAGAGGCGUCACAGCAAGAGCGCCGGAAGCGAUCAGCCUGUCAGUGCCGGAGCUGUCAGCAGCAGCGGAAUGGACGUUGAUAGUCCCGCCAAUUCGACGGGAUCUAAUGAAACAAUGCCCACCUUCAACCCCGGCGGUGCCUUUUCUGGGCUUCCCCCAACGACUCAGAGUAGCCUUGGCUUCGGCAAUGGGUAUAUCAACACCCCCCGUCCCAUGGUUGGGCCUGGCGGUAUGAUGGGAAUGCCAAACGGCCAAGCUGGUCAGAUGAUGGGUGCGAGCAGCAGCAGUGGGCCUGGUAGCGGCCCUUCUCGUACUGGAGCCGAGUGGGAAUGGCUCACAAUGAGUCUUUAAUGUGGAGGCCACGACACAUGCGACAUCGUUUUAUGUUUUAUCAUUAUGACACGCUUCUUCUCGCGAUAUAUUUCAUUUUUGGAUGGCUUCCUCUGUCAGUCUCUUACGUUAUGGAUUUUUCUUUGAGAGUUGCAGCAAUCGGGGACUUUGGAAUUCACACAAGGCAAUGGGGCAUUAUGGUGUGGCAAUGGCAUAGACGGUCUUGAUUUUUGCUUUUUACUCUGGCCGGGGGAAACGGUACGGCCGUUCAAGCUGUCAAGUUUCGAACGACAGCUUUUCUAAACAUUUCUCCCCCGCACGUCUCAUUUCCUGGUACACAAAGCGUUGAUAGAAGAAGGAGGCGGGUUGAUGAGGAUGGGACGAGAGGCCCAGGAGGGGCGGGGAAAGAUGGAGAUGGGAAGCUGGGGACGCGCACCUGCAUUUCAACAAGACACCAUUGCCAGCGAUUGUCGGCCGGGAACUCUAGCCUCCCGACCAUGAAAGUGCUAUGUUGACACCCGGCUGUUGAACGGAGAAGAGCGCGAUGACAGCAGAAGAUAAAGGACAAACCAAGGCAACUUCGGGGUGGAGCAUACAUCUGCUUUGGGCGUUCUUUGGUGGACGAAGUCGACAGUUGGAGAGAAGAAGAGAAGGAAGCAGAUGACAUGAUGGGGAUGGGUCUUGACGGAACGAGCCUCGCCAUUGUUUAUACCGACUUACUAGCGAUGCUCGCUUGAUGCUCUCGAUGAUGUGGAUGGCUGCUGGGCUGAAGUUUCAAGUCCCGCGCGUCUACGCUUUUUUGUCCAUAUACGAGAAAGAUGAUGAUACCCGGAAUUUUUCUUUUUCAAGCUUGGCUCUUCUUUCCUGGCUGGAUUGUUGUUUACGAUAGGCAGAUACCAUCAAUGGAGAAUACUAAGCAUGCAAAUCUAAUGUUGCCUCUAACGGUCACC